UAUCUGGUAGGCUACCUGUCAGGAGGAAAAAUAAAGGCAGUGAAAAGAGCUCCACACCCUGAAAGGGGGAAAAGUUUCACUGUGUUCCUGACCUAAAUCUCAGAUCUAACCACCUGCAAGUAGGACAUAUCCUUAGUGUGUGUAUUUUGGUGUGUGUUCAGGACCCCUUACAAGGCCCCACCUUCUUUUAAGACCACAGUGUGUGUCUUUUCUGUGUGAGUGUGUGUUAAACACUGGAGAGCUUGUGGGCCAGUCAUCCGUCUAUUGACCUAAGCCUCUACACAUUCUCAGGGACGCAAUGACAUCACUUGGUGAUAAAGACUCUGUCCAGAUGCAUAACCUGUUCCAGGGCUCCUGGACACAGGUCAGCUGUCCCUGCUGUGUGUCUGACAGGGUGGAGCCCCUGGUACUCAUCCGGCUGUCAAACAAGGUCCAGCCCAUCACUAAGAGGUGGCUCAUCUCCCUGAUCGAAGCCUCAAAAAGGCAUGGAGGAGCAGCGUUGUUGGCCCACCCUGGAGAGGAUGAAUGUGGGGAUGUGAUUGUGGUGUCAGCACCUCGCUGCACUCUCCUCAGAGCCACAGAGGACCUGGGUCUCUGUAAGAAAUACCGCAAUGGAGACAUGGUUGCUUUCUCUUACCAGGACAGAGACAACUUCAGCAAUGUUGAUAACAUGCAGGAGUUCCUGACACUAGCAGAGCGUCAGUACAUAGUCAAGAAUGAGCUGGACUCUCUACAGGCCCAGAAGAAGCAGAGAAUCCCAGGAGUCACAGAGGCUACUGGAGUCCUUGAGGCCUGGGGGAACAUUUUUCAGAAGCUGGCAAAGGCUGGAAUGAUAAAGGACAUCGUCCCUCUGCAUGACCAGCAGAGACUGAAUGACCUCGGCAAGACUUGGUACUCUGGAAAGCAGAUAUGGGGACAGCCUCUCGACGCCAUUCACUCUUAUUUCGGAGGCACAGUGGCCUUCUACUUCAGCUUUCUGGACUUCUACACCUGGGCCCUGGUGCCUCCUGCCCUCCUGGGCCUGGUCCUGACCUUUCUGAUGCCUGGAGGUGGAUCAUCAGGAGAGGCGAUGGGUGAUGAUGAUGGCCCCUCAGUUAGCGGUCAUAUGGUACAGGCUGUGUUUAGCAUGCUGUGGUCUACACUGUUCAUGGAGUUCUGGAAGCGGCGGAGCUCAUCCCUCUCCCACCGCUGGGGUACGCUGCAGCUGUCUGAAGGCUUCGCCGAGCCCCGCCCCGGUUUCCAUGGCACCCUUGGUAUCAACCCUGUGACAGGCCGCCUGGAGCCGCUGUUCCCAGAAUGGAAGAGGCAGCUGCGUGUGGGCCUGGUGUCGGUUCCUAUAGUGGUGCUGUUCAUGGGGCUGGUGGUGCUGGGCAUGAUAGGCUUCUACCAUGGAGAGGCCCUGGCCCAAGGAUUCCAUCAGGACAGAGGCUCCUGGUUCUCCAGGGCUCUGCUCUAUCUGCCCUCCGUGGUCCACAUCGUCUACACCAACAUGCUGGGGAAUGUGUACAGCACUGUGGCCUUGCAGCUCACAGAGUGGGAAAACCACAGAGAGGAGUCCUCCUUCCAGAACCAUCAUACCACCAAAGUUCUCCUGUUUACUUUCUUUAACAACUUUGCUGUGCUGUUCCAUAUUGCUUUCUACAAACAAGAUUUACCACUACUACGGAAGAGGCUGGCCUCUCUACUGAUUUUGGCCCAGCUGCUGAACCAGUUCACAGAGGUAGUGGUUCCAUUUAUAGUGGACCGGUUCCUCAGUGCUCCUCAGAAGGACCAACAGGAAGACAAACUAGACGAGGACACACUCAGAGCCCAGAGAUUCCUUCCCCCUUUUCCAGGCUUGUUUGGGGAGUACAUUGAGUUGCUGUUGCAGUUUGGAUUUUUGAGUCUGUUCUCCUGUGUGUAUCCACUCACUGCCACCCUCCUACUCCUCAACAACAUCACUGAGAUCAGAGGAGAUGCCUACAAGAUCUGCAAACUGUUCCGGAAGCCAUUCUCCCCCCCUGUGUCCAACAUAGGGGUGUGGCAGACAGCGUUUGAGGUUCUGGGCUUUGUCUCCGUUAUGUCUAACUGUUGGCUGCUGCUACUGUCCCCUCGGGUCCAGGAGUUCUGUCUGGAGGGAGGGAUCAGCAGCAAGAAUAUCCUACUGUUUGCCAUCCUGGUUGAGCAUGUGCUGAUCCUGUUCAAGAUGGUUCUAGCCUUUAUGAUCCCAGACGAGCCUGACUGGGUCAGAAUCAAGAGGGAACAAAAGGAGUUUCAGUCCAUGCAAGCACUAGGGCAGCAGAAGCUAUAAAGGCUGUGGAAUCCAUCUGGGGAAGUCUGAGUUCCCUGUUGCUCUUCAAGUGUUGGUCUUGACCUGGGGUGCCCAUUAAAGUCAGAUUCCAAGCCGAUAACUAGAGGAAGAUGUCGUCUGGUCUCUCCUGAACUCUGGAGCAAGCCAUUGUUUUCCAUCUGUCCUAAAAAGCUCUCUGUCUCAGUAUCUCCGUGUGGAGGACUGCUCCAGUCAUACUGGGGGUCAUGAUGCCUUUGUUGAAGAGCAAGUGUACAGACAUUCACCGCAGACACCCACAUGUUGUUCAGUUAAAACACGUCUGACACAACUUCUUCCAGUGCGCUAACCGUUCCAAUCCAUAGAGAGACACACACCGUUCCAUAGACAAUCCCUUCCUUAGGAACUCUCAUCCUUCUUCAAUAUCUGUUUGUGACACUCGGACUAAGAAAACAUCCUUUUGCAACCAUAUCAAAUGAUUUAAUUGUGAAACAGCUCAACAUUGCCAGCUUAUUAAAAGACCAAGAGGGUUUCCAUUAGAAAAUCUGAGUGGUGAUGACUCUUAUUAAAGAAGACUGUCAACUGUGUUAUACUGGCUAUACAUGCCUUCUCAAUAUGGCUCCUUAGGUUUAACUUAAUUUGAAUAAUGUUGCAUGAUACUUUUGAACAUCAUGUGCACAUGUACUUUUAACUCACCUUUCUUCAUCUAAUGAGUUAGUCCAAAGGCAGGUUGUCAUUUUGAGCAAUACAGGAAGAUAACAGGUUUUACAGGGCUGUAACAACUCGUCGCGGUGUAGUGUUGGAGGAACC